AUGGAAGAAAUAAUCAAGAACGAAAUUCCCUCAGAUGUACGGAAAGAAGCAGCUGAGGCCACCAACAAUUUAUUUCCGGAAAGAACCAAACAGAGAUAUCAGCAGGAAUAUGACAAUUUCGUAAAGUGGCGUCAGAAUAAAAACAUACACAGGAUGAGUGAAGAAAUACUGCUAGCUUAUGCAAAAGGAAUAUCUGAAACGUAUUUUCCUACAUCGCUGUGGACAAAAAUACCAAUGCUAAAUAAAACUUUCGUUUAG